AUGUCCCAGCCUGUGCCCAGCACCGAUUCGGCAUUUGUCCAGAGGGAAAACUCGCUGCUCCUGUGGUCGGCUCUGCUGCGAGCAAAGCCCCAGGCCGAGCUGGGACUGUACCAAGGGACAACCGUGAGUGGAGUUCUCUGCAGCACCAACGCCGGUCUCGAUGGGUUCGUUCUUCGGGAUAUGCAGAGCCCGUUCGGGACCUACAAGGCAGCCGAGAUCCGCUCUCAAGAUGUCCGCCACAUCCAGAUCGACCGAUGGUGA